CGUCCAUACCCGAAGAGCUAAGAGCUCGUUCUGUAUUGACAAAAUACCCGCAAUAAACACAACGAAUGAGCGUUAUCGCCGUUGGACAUCCGCUCAAGUGGGUAGAAGUUGUAGUGUCUGGUUUAAUGUCUGUUUGAGAGAGAUAUUUGGGCGCCUUCUCGCCAUGGCCACCGACAACAGGAUUCAUUUCUGGAGGAGAAACGCAAAGGUUCCCGGAAGAUUCCAAGACACUCCUAAGGCCAGCAACGUCAACACCAAAUCCAAAAAAACAUCAACAUUCCACGAAUUUGCACGGAGCACCAAUGAUGCUUGGGACAUUAAUGAUGAAGAAGAUUAUGAUAUGCUCUGUCUUAAACAGUCCUCAUCCUCACCUGUCCAAUCAAUAUCCAUGCCUCAAAUGCCCCGCCUUAAACUCUUCAAAGCCCCAGAGGACACAGAGCCAGAGCCACACCCACAAGACAGGCAGGAGCCUAUCAGCACACAAUUGGAUCAAGAUGAAAUAGAUGAGGAGAGCGGUCCAGCCAAUGGCAGGGUGGUGAAGUCCUGUAGUGAUGCCCAGCUGAAUGUUAAUGCAGCACGUAACACUCUGCAGAAACAGAAGUCACUUCCUGUACGGCCUGUCAUUCCGUUGGUUGCCCGCAUUUCAGACCAGAACACAUCUGGAGCGCCACCCAUGACUGUGAGAGAGAAGACACGAUUGGACAAAUUCAAGCUGCUGCUCACCAGCCCCAACACAGACUUGGAGGAGUUACGAAAGCAUAGCUGGUCAGGAAUCCCACGUGAAGUUCGCCCAGUCACAUGGAGACUUUUAUCGGGCUAUCUUCCAGCCAAUAAGGAACGCCGGGAUCUGGUUCUCCAGAGAAAGAGGAAGGAGUAUUAUGGCUUCAUUGAGCAGUAUUACCACUCCAGAACAGAUGAGAACCACAAGGACACAUACAGACAGAUUCACAUCGAUAUCCCGAGGACAAACCCUUUGAUUCCUUUGUUCCAGCAGGCGCUGGUGCAGGAGGUCUUUGAGAGAAUUCUCUUCAUCUGGGCUAUCCGUCACCCCGCCAGCGGAUACGUGCAGGGCAUUAAUGACCUAGUCACACCCUUUUUUGUGGUUUUCCUCUCUGAAUUUGUAGAGGAGGAUGUGGAAAAUUUUGAAAUGGCGAGUUUACCCCUGGAUACUCAACGAAACAUUGAAGCCGACAGCUUUUGGUGCAUGAGCAAAUUGCUGGACGGGAUACAGGACAACUACACAUUCGCCCAGCCUGGGAUUCAGAUUAUAGUGAAGGCACUGGAAGAGCUCGUCAGCAGAAUAGAUGAGGAUGUCCAUGUGCACUUUCAGAAAUGUGAAGUGGAGUACCUACAAUUUGCGUUCCGCUGGAUGAACAAUUUGCUGAUGAGGGAGCUGCCGUUACGCUGUACCAUUAGACUGUGGGACACCUACCAGGCGGAGUCAGAAGGAUUCUCCCAUUUCCACCUCUACGUGUGUGCUGCCUUCCUCAUCAAAUGGCGCAAAGAGAUCCUCUCCAUGGUGGACUUUCAGAGCUUGCUGAUGCUCCUGCAGAACCUUCCCACAAUCCACUGGGGUAAUGAAGAGGUGGGUAUGCUGCUGGCUGAGGCCUACAGACUCAAAUACAUGUUUGCUGAUGCUCCAAGCCACUACAAGAGAUGAGAACCAUAACUGACCCUGACUCCACAAGCCCAGACAAUGAUUUGGAUCAGUCAAAACACCACUUCUUUGCUCUUUAAUCUGACUCAACGAAGACCGGUCACCAAUUUUCUCUAGCGAUGUCAAACAUUGGUUAUCGUUUGUUACAAUUCACGAUCAAGGAUGAGACAAAGUAAACAACCAAGAACAAAAUAGAUAUUUUAAACUACAAAUAAUCUCUGCUGAGAGUUUCAUUUAAAGUCAGAUUAUUUGGGAAAAUAACUGACAAUGAGAAGAGAGCUUUUAUAGUAAUGCAAAAAAGUAUCAAACUAAAAACAGAAAGAUCCUUCAAAACUACUAGUAACUUGUUUAUUCCGAAGAGUUUCCCUUAUAUUUCUCUUUUUUUUUUUUUUCUGAUGUGGUGGACCCUCUCAUGCUUUUUGAUUGCUCACAUUUGCCAUUAUUACACCAUAAUGUCAUCUCCUUGGCCUCCAACAUUGAUUGUACCGCAGCAGGUACACAGGUCGAUUCCUGCCUGUAAUCACUCAGAGACUGUAUUAUUGAAUCUCUGCAAUAAAGGGUCACUUCUCAAGAGACGCAGCCAAGCGUUACUGUCUGAAAAUUCGAAGAAUCAAUACACAACUGCUUGAGCGAUGCGUUUUGGACUUCUUUUGGUUUUUUGUUUAUUAUAAUCAAAACAAUGUGAAUUUAACCAUCUAAAAUGAGAAUCUAAUCUUUUAAAGUGGUGUUAUAUGUAUAUGAACCUCUUGCACAAUGAUUUCUUAGAAAGUGGGUUCUUUUAGAGUUUUACCUUAAGUGCUCAACUACUGACGUGAUGUUUCAGCGCAGAUGGCUGAAUCAAACUGUGGUGAAAUAUUAAUAUUGGUUUAUGGGUGAAUCUCACGAAAACAUGAUCCAGGUAACAUACCAUCCCAAAAUCAAAGAAAGACAUAAGAGAUUCUUGCUUGAAGAAAAUUGCCUAGUUUAGAACAUUUAAGAUUUUUUUCCAUUGAGACAUUAGUGAAACUAUUCCACAUCUUUUUAAAUAUUCAAAAAUGUAUUACAAAUGCAAUUCACACAAAUCAUAUACACUGGCGGCCACAAGUUUUGAAUAAUGUACAAAUUUUGCACUUAUGGAAAUAAAUUGGCACUUUUAUUCACCAAAGUGGCAUUCAACUGAUCAUAAUGUAUAUUCAGAACAUUAAUAAUGUAAAAAAUGACUAUUACAAUUUUUUUUUAAAUUCUGAACUUCUUAAACUACAUCAAAGAGUUCACCACCUCCUCCACCUGCUGCAAAGACAGCUUUGCAGAUCCUUGGCAUUCUAGCUGUCAGUUUGUCCAGUUUGAUCCCACAAAAGCUCAAUGGGGUUAAGAUCCAUAACACUCUUUUCCAAUUAUCUGUUUUCCAAUGUCUGUGUUUCUUUGCCCACUCUAACCUUUUCUUUUUGUUUUUCUGUUUCAAAAGUGGCUUUUUCUUUGCAAUUCUUCCCAUAUGGCCUGAAUACCUGAGUCUUCUCUUUACUGUUGUGCAUGAAACUGGUGUUGAGCGGGUAGAAUUCAAUGAAGCCGUCAGCUGAGGACAUGUGAGGUGUCUAUUUCUCAAACUAGAGACUCUGAUGUAUUUAUCGUAUUGUUUAGUUGUACAUCUGACCUUCCACAUCUCUUUCUGUCCUUGUUAUAGCCAGUUGUCCUUUGUCUUUGAAGAUUGUAGUGUACACCUUUGUAUGAAAUCUUCAGAUCUUUGGCAAUUUUAAGCAUUGUAUAGCCUUCAUUCCUCAAAGCAAUGACUGACUGACAAAUUUAUAGAGAAAGGUGUUUCUAUUUUUGCCAUUUUUGACCUAAUAUUGACCUUAAGACAUGCCAGUAUAUUUCCUACUGUGGCAACUCAAAAACAAACACAAAGACAAUGUUAAGCCUUAUUUAACUAAUGUUGUGGCAAAAAAUUAUCAACCAACCAUUAUCACUGCGUAAGAGACACUCUGACUCAAACAGUCUUUUAAAAUUAUUUAUUCUUGCAAGAAGGACCCGGUCAUUACACAGGAGUUAAUCUGUGCCGUGAGUGGGACCAAGAAAGGGAGGGCUGACUUGUAUUUUAUACUCUUAUCCCAAGGUUUUCUGACAGAAGCAGAUCCUCCCCCUCUGCAUCCCUCAGACACAGAGGCAUUCCCCUGUAAUGACUAUUACUGAUCAAUGAGUAUCAAAAUUUCUACAACACUAACCAAAUAGCUUUCAGCUGUGUUUGAUAUAAUGGCAAGUGAUUUUCUAGUACCAAAUUAGCAAAUUAGCAUGAUUACUCAAGGAUAAUGGGUUUGAGUAAAGGAAAUGGGACCUGUCUAUAUUUGAUCAAAAAUGACUUUUUCAAAUAGUGAUGGUGCUUUUUUUUUAUAUCAGUAAUGUCCUGACUAUACUUUGUGAUCAGUUGAAUGCCACUUUGGUGAACUAAAGUAAAAAUUUCCUUCAGAAACAGCAAAAUCUGAACAUUAUUCCAAACUUUUAACCACCAGUGUAAAUAAGUGUGUGUGUGUGUGUGUGUGCGUGCAUGUGUGUAUAUAUGUAUAUAUUCUAUAUAAAUAAUAAUAAAAUAGGUAAAUAGAAUUGGUAAAAUGUGCUUAAUUGUCAUAGUGCCACAGUACAAAACAUUUUAAAAAA